AUGGAUUUUAAGGGCAUGAAGAACUAUCUCUAUUGGCUGUACUGCCAGUUUGAACUAAUCACCUGCAGCUAUCUCAUGGAGCCCUGGGAGAAACUGCUCUUCUACACUUUCAACAUCACUAUGCUAGUGACAAUCUUGUACACUGCUUACAUCUUCAUCCCUGCCCACAUCAGCAUGGCUUUGCAGUUCUUCUGGCACUUUUUUGGAAACCAACAUGAAAACACUGUUUCUGUGGUGAAGUAA